GCUCUCAAAAUGGAAGAAGGCAAGCUCCCAUUCGUGUACUUGGGGGCAACAAUUGGCAAAGGGAAGAUUAAAAAAGAAGAUUGCAUGAAGAUUAUAUUACACUUUGAUGCAUACCUUAACACUUGACAUAGAAAGAUGCCAAAGUAAGUUCACAGCUUAUUAAACAAGAAGAUGCAAAAUUUCCUUUGGGGGUACAUAGAUGGAAGGCCAAAAUACCACUGGAAAUCCUGGAGAAGUUUAUGCUACCCAAAGUACGAGGGAGGGUUGGGCAUCAGGCACCUGGAAGAUGUUGAAGCUGCCUACUCGGCCAAAAUAUGGUGGAAGAUUAGAAACUCCCACGGCCUAUGGGGAGAUUAUAUGAGGAGCAAAUACCGUCCAGCCUCAUUUCAAGAAUGCCCUACGGAUACAGCGACUUGGAAGAGGGCUGCACGAAUUCAUACAUGGGCUAUUCAGCACGUCCACAACACAGAUGAUGCCGAAACAUGGGAGGGAGAACCUUUCACCACCAAGAUUGCUUAUCACUCCUGGAGGGAAUCCAAACCUAUUUCUCUCGUUAGCAAGAUGGUAUGGAACAAACUACAGAUCCCAAAGGUCAGUCUCUUCAUGUGGAAAGCUCUCAACUCCAUUCUCCCAUUCUCGGAAAAUCUAGCCAGAUUCAACCUCGCCAUCCCCUCUCAAUGUAACUUCUGUCACCAUGGGCCCCAGGACCUAAACCACACACUCAUCCAAUGCCAAAUGUCAAACAAGAUAUGGAGAUUUUUCUCAGCUCUUUUCAAUAGUCCUGUGGUCAAUAGGGCAGAUACCCUUAAUGAUACAUGCAUGAAAUGGUGGGUUAGCACACCUAGGACCAAAAUGCAGGAUAGACUUAAUGCUGUACUUCCGGGAUUCAUUGCAUGGGGAUUAUGGAAGGCUUAUAAUGCUGAAAAAUACGAGGGAAAGGCCUUCAAAGAAGGGACAAUCAUCGCUACCACUUUGAAGACAAUCCAGCAAUGGAUAUGGAUUCAUAAGGAGAAGAAAUGGAUGAAUCUGGACGAUAAAAUGAAAUCUUUUGGGUUCUGUUUAUAUCGCUGUAGAAUUAAUCUUCAUUACUUAGAUACCUCGUAAUUUUCCAUGGUNCCGGGAUUCAUUGCAUGGGGAUUAUGGAAGGCUUAUAAUGCUGAAAAAUACGAGGGAAAGGCCUUCAAAGAAGGGACAAUCAUCGCUACCACUUUGAAGACAAUCCAGCAAUGGAUAUGGAUUCAUAAGGAGAAGAAAUGGAUGAAUCUGGACGAUAAAAUGAAAUCUUUUGGGUUCU